CAUUCACCAUUCAAAAGAACCAUGAACGUGUCCAUCGAACGGAAGCGAAACGAUUGCGUUGCCCUACCGAAGGGAUGGCAACGGGAAGAGGUACUUCGCAAGACAGGCCUUUCGGCUGGAAAAGUGGAUGUGUAUUACUACAGUCCAUCUGGGAAGAGAAUCGAAAGUAAACCACAACUUGCCCGCGCACUCGGCGAUACGAUCGAUCUGUCCACGUUCGAUUAUCAGGCUGGACGUAUUAUUGCACCGCCCUCGGUGGCCGCAGCACAGCUACUGAACACACACCAGGUUCCGGGGUAUCAUCUGCUACAGCAUCCAAAUAGCAGCGCCCUGCGCAGGAAGUUGCCCCCAUCAGUACCAAUCGGUGGAAGCAAUUCACUUAAUGCAACACCGAUCAGCCCCGGUUGUGGUGUGAAACCACCAUCUCAGUACGAUUACAGUCGAGCGAUGCGAGCGGACACCUCGCUUAUUCCACCGAUCAGACAGACGGCUUCGAUCUUCAAGCAACCGGUAACGGUCGUAAGAUCACAGGAACCCGACAAUACCAAAGUGAAACGCGAACUCCAGCACGGCAAUCAGGUGAAACCGAAGCAGCUGUUCUGGGAAAAACGUUUAGAGAAUCUUGGAUCAAGCAAUACACACAAUGAAGAAAUCGGUUCAAUCGAACUGCCGAAACGAUUGCGACCAAUAGGGCCGGGUAUACGUGAAACGACGGUUCUGCAGUCUUUAGCCACCGCCCUACACCACAACUCGCUCCCCGUAACUGGCCAGACGGCAUCUAAAACGUCCCUGAACACGAAUGCCGGCGUGUUCAUUAAUCCGCAUCAACCGCUCAUGACGAACGUGACCAUCACCGAGGAGGAUGUUAAGCGACAGGAAGAGCGCGUACAGUACGCCCGAUUACGGCUACAGGAAGCGCUGCGUGCCUAA